AUGCCUUUGAGUCCUAACCCAAAUGAUCGAGACAAUGGGCUACAAGUCCUGGUUGUAGGUGGCAGUAUUGGCGGAAUUGCCACAGCCAUUGCCCUCAAAGCACAAGGCCAUCAUGUCAAGAUCUAUGAGCAAGCCAACUCACACGAUAUCCGAGGUGGGGGCAUUAACGUGUUCCCAAAUGCCUUAGGCGCCUUACGAAACCUAGGUGUCGACCUAGAUGACAUUCGGGCUACCAAAGUGAAAAAGGUGACUCGAUUCCUUGUUAGUGAGGAAGGGGAUUCUCUCGUGGACUCAGAUACUACGCUUGACAAAGAUGCUUGUGUAUGGCAUAACACCACGUAUCGUGAUCUUCUAGAGGCACUGCGAGACAGGCUUCAAGAUCCUAAAGCACCGGGACCCCGAGCAGAUAUAUUUACAUCCCAACAAAUAGUCCGAAUCGACCCUAAGAAGGGGAUCCUGUUCCUUGCAGAUGGUUCCGAAGCUCGUGGUCAUGUCAUCGUAGGUGCAGAUGGAGUACAUUCGAUGUGCAGAGCUUCGGUUUCCCACGGUAACAUGCAACGAUUUCGACUCCAAAAGGGAGUCUUCAGAGCAGUAAUACCAUGUGAAAGACUUCUCUCGGAGCCCAAGGUCUCCAGAUUCAUUCAAGAUUCAGGUCAAGCAUUUUGUUACAAUCUUGACCACAAGAGCCUCCUGAUCUGGCCCGCUUCAGAGAAUGAGAAUGUCUGUGUGAAGUUUCUCUACGACGAUCUCACGGGGUUCAAGAGUCUCUGCAAAGAUUGGAGAGAGCCAUCGAGCAAAAUGAAGCUGCUUCGUCUGGCACAAGGGUUCCCGGAAGAGUGCAUCGCGUUGUUGAAUGCCAUUUCAGGCGAUGCGCUACAGGAUCAGCCGAUAUGGGACAUGGAUCCCUUGAGGCAGUACCACGUCAAUCGGCUUGUUUUGAUGGGAGAUGCAGCGCAUCCCAUGCCACCUCAUUGCGGACAGCGCGUAGCAAUGGCGCUGGAGGACGCCGUUGCUCUCGGUGUCCUCCUCGAAAGAAAUGUCCCUCAGGACGGAGUCGAGGACCGUUUCAAACUUUAUUCUGGUACACGCAGUACACGCUCCUCAGCAGUCCAACAAUUUAUCCGUGGCUUGAACGAGGCAGACAUUUGGCGUGGCACGGGUGCUUUUCACGGCAGUGCUUUCCGAACAUAUAUUCUCGGCCACGACGAACGCCUCCACAUGUCGCGAACCCUCGGCAUCUGGAAGAUCCAACAGGCAUUUCAACAGGACAUCCCCAAGCAGGCUGUCGCCCAGCUCAGAGAAACUCCUAGCCCUCAGCAAAAGCCGCAAGACUCUAAGCCCGUCCAGCGACCGGCGCUGCAGCAGAUGGGGAGAUCUAGGUCAUGGCUUUCCAGGUUGAAAUCUCCCAAGCCGCCCGCUGCCAUCACCAGCUCCUGA